AUGUUCGAGGCUGUUGGUAGUUUGAGGUCAAAGAAGAUAGUUUUUGUGACUGUUGGAACAACUUGUUUUGACUCUUUGGUUAGAGCCGUGGAUACGGAGGAGGUUAGAGAAGCAUUGUUCAAGAAGGGUUAUACGGAUCUUGUUAUUCAAAUGGGUCGGGGUUCUUACAUUCCCACCAAGUCGACCGGAGGAGAUGGGUCUGUGUCUGUGGAUUAUUUUACAUUUUCGUCAAGCAUAGCUGAUUAUUUGAAGUCGGCAUCUCUUGUAAUCAGUCAUGCAGGUUCAGGGAGCAUAUUUGAGACAUUGCGACUUAAGAAACCACUAAUUGUUGUAGUUAACGAGGAUUUAAUGGACAAUCAUCAAAGUGAACUGGCUGAAGAAUUAGCUGAAAGAAAGCAUUUGUUCUGCGCUCAUCCCCAGACGCUCUACAAGACUAUAUCUUCAAUGGAUUUGGGCUCUCUUGUGGACUAUGAACCCGGUGAUGCUACUCCCGUUGCAAAUUUUAUUAACAGGUUUUUAGGAUUCAGUGACGAGUGA